AGGACCCUAGCAUUGUGAGACUUAUUUUGGAUUCAUAGCCCUUAAUAUCCACCCGGUCAGAGCUCAUCAUGUCAAAGUUGAAGAGCUCAGAGUCAGUCCGGGUGGUGGUUCGCUGUCGGCCCAUGAAUGGCAAGGAAAAGGCUGCUUCGUACGACAAGGUAGUGGAUGUGGACGUGAAGCUGGGGCAGGUGUCGGUGAAGAACCCCAAGGGAGUGGCCCAUGAAAUGCCCAAGACCUUCACCUUUGAUGCCGUCUACGACUGGAACGCCAAGCAGUUUGAACUCUACGACGAGACGUUCCGACCACUGGUGGACUCCGUCCUGCAGGGUUUCAAUGGGACGAUUUUUGCUUAUGGACAGACCGGGACUGGGAAAACCUACACAAUGGAAGGAGUCCGCGGCGACCCUGAAAAAAGAGGGGUCAUCCCUAACUCUUUUGAUCACAUCUUCACCCAUAUCUCUCGAUCCCAGAAUCAACAGUACCUGGUCAGGGCUUCUUACUUAGAGAUCUACCAGGAGGAGAUCCGAGAUCUCCUCUCAAAGGAUCAGACCAAAAGGCUCGAGCUCAAGGAGAGGCCGGACACUGGAGUGUACGUGAAAGACCUGUCUUCCUUUGUCACCAAGAGCGUGAAGGAAAUAGAGCACGUGAUGAAUGUGGGGAACCAGAACCGUUCUGUCGGUGCUACCAACAUGAACGAGCACAGUUCCCGUUCGCAUGCAAUUUUUGUCAUCACCAUUGAGUGCAGUGAGGUGGGCCUCGAUGGUGAAAACCAUAUCCGGGUAGGGAAAUUGAACCUUGUAGAUCUUGCUGGCAGCGAACGGCAGGCCAAGACCGGUGCGCAAGGGGAAAGAUUGAAGGAAGCUACCAAGAUCAACCUGUCCCUUUCAGCCUUGGGUAACGUCAUCUCUGCCCUGGUGGAUGGCAAAAGCACUCACAUUCCAUAUCGGGACUCAAAGCUUACCAGGCUCCUCCAAGAUUCUCUCGGUGGCAAUGCUAAAACUGUGAUGGUGGCCAAUGUGGGCCCUGCCUCGUACAACGUAGAAGAGACUCUAACCACUCUGAGAUACGCCAACCGUGCCAAGAACAUUAAGAACAAGCCAAGGGUCAAUGAGGACCCUAAGGAUGCCCUCCUUCGAGAAUUCCAGGAAGAGAUUGCUCGGCUCAAGGCCCAGCUAGAAAAACGGUCCAUUGGCAGAAGGAAGAGGCGAGAGAAGCGGAGGGAAGGUGGUGGCGGGGGUGGGGGUGGGGAAGAGGAGGAGGAGGAGGGAGAAGAGGGUGAGGACGAAGGGGAUGAUAAGGAUGAUUACUGGCGGGAACAGCAAGAAAAACUGGAGAUCGAGAAGCGGGCCAUUGUAGAGGACCACAGCUUGGUUGCAGAGGAGAAGAUGAGGCUGCUGAAGGAGAAGGAGAAAAAGAUGGAGGAUCUGCGGCGGGAGAAGGAUGCUGCCGAGAUGCUGGGCGCCAAAAUCAAGGCCAUGGAGAGUAAGCUGCUUGUUGGAGGAAAAAAUAUAGUAGAUCAUACAAACGAACAGCAGAAAAUCCUGGAGCAGAAACGGCAGGAAAUUGCAGAGCAGAAACGUCGAGAAAGAGAAAUCCAGCAACAGAUGGAAAGCCGCGACGAGGAGACCUUGGAACUGAAAGAGACGUACAGCUCAUUGCAGCAAGAGGUGGACAUCAAGACCAAGAAGCUCAAAAAGCUAUUCUCCAAGCUUCAGGCAGUGAAGGCGGAGAUCCAUGACCUCCAAGAAGAGCACAUCAAGGAGCGGCAGGAGCUGGAACAGACACAGAAUGAGCUCACCCGGGAGCUGAAACUCAAGCAUCUUAUUAUAGAAAACUUCAUCCCUCUGGAAGAAAAAAGUAAAAUUAUGAAUAGAUCCUUCUUUGAUGAAGAGGAAGAUCAUUGGAAAUUACAUCCUAUAACCAGACUGGAGAAUCAACAGAUGAUGAAGCGGCCAGUAUCAGCUGUGGGAUACAAGAGACCAUUGAGCCAGCACGCAAGAAUGUCCAUGAUGAUUCGUCCAGAGGCUCGAUAUAGGGCAGAAAACAUCGUGCUGCUGGAGCUGGACAUGCCCAGCCGGACCACCAGAGACUACGAGGGGCCCGCCAUUGCCCCCAAAGUCCAGGCCGCGUUGGAUGCGGCUCUGCAGGAUGAAGAUGAGAUACAGGUGGACGCAUCAUCCUUUGAAAGCACUGCAAAUAAGAAACCCAAGGCUAGACCUAAAAGUGGAAGGAAGUCGGGAUCCUCCUCCUCUUCCUCAGGAACCCCCGCAUCUCAGCUUUAUCCACAGUCUCGGGGGCUGGUUCCAAAGUAAACCCACUUCCUCCUCUCCCAGAGUAUAAACAACGUUUGCCUUCUGAGAGGAGAGACAAGCAAAAACCCGCAGAGAGGACUCGGGCCCAAACUCAGAACCAUUCCCCUGGGGAGAAGCGAUGGCCUCUUUGCAGAUUAACCAACUUAAUCUGGUUGAAACAUGCUGGUCAUAAUCUGGCACUCAGCUUCUCUGGGAACCGUCCUUUAAUUAGCAUCUCAGAAAUGCAUGGGUAAGGUAAAGCGCGAUAGCCGAAGUGGAAAGCAAGAGAAUGACCAGUGACCUUGCUUCCCUUCUCCCUUGCCUCCUUCUCCUCUCCCUUCCCUUGGCCCCCCACCCUCUCCCCUCUCCUUUCUAGCCUGUUCUUUACACUGGGCUCCCUUCUUGUUGAACAAUAGGGCAGAAUCAGGAGUCACCUUAGCAGGACCAAGUCUUUGGAGGCUCAGGAUAAAAUGAUACUGAGGUUGGAAAGCGAAAGCCCUAGAACUUGAACAGGUGCUUGUUUUUGUAAGUAGAAAUGAGAAAUCUCAUUUGGAGCCAAGCCUCCGAGGGGCAUGGUCCAUGCCCCUCAGUAAGAAGUGGAUCUCCCUCUGGGA